AUGUUCGAUGCAUGUGUGGUGGCAGUGAUAGUAGGGGAUGGUGUGAUCGUAUUCGGCGGUUGUGUUGUGACAGAAGUGAUGGCGGCAGUAGUUGUUGUAGAAGUGGUGGCGGUAGUAGUGGUGGCGGCAGUAGUGAUAUCGGCAGUACUGGUAGCGGCAGUGGUGAUUGUAGCAAUGGUGGUGGAGGAAGUGGUGGUUGUGGCAGUAGUUGGGGGCGGCAGUUGUGAUGGCGACAAUAGUUGGGGCAGCAGUGGUAUAAGCAGUACUGGUAGCGGCAGUAGUGAUAGUGGCAGUAGUGGUAUCGGCAGUAGUGGUAGCAGUAGUACUGGUAGCGGCAGUAGUGGUAUCGGCAGUAUUGGUAGUGGCAGUAGUGGUGGUUGCAGUAGUUUGGGUGGCAGUGGUUUGGGCGGCAGUAGUGGUGGCGGCAGUAGUGUAGGCUGCAGUAGUGGUGAAGACAGUAUUGGUGGCUGCAGUACUGGUUGCGGCAGUAGUGAUGGCUGCAGUAGUGGUGAUUGCAAAAGUGUUGGCGGCAAUGGUGGUGGCGGCAGUAGUUAA